AUGUGGUGGAGUAGCGUGUCAGCUCUCUACCGCUGGAACUUGAAUUACAGUGUUGAUCAGUCCCCUGAGAAGCUGUACGAAGAAGAUCUCUUAAACGAUGUUUGCAGGGAAGUAGUCGAGAAGUGGUCUGAAUCUCAGAUUGUUGACGCCAAAGAGAAAAAAGAAGAUGAGAUCCAAGCCAUCGCCAGCAUGAUGGAGAAGCAGGCCAGGAUUGUGGUGAAGCCAAAGGAGGUCUCCCAGGAAGAGAAGCAAAGGAAAGCUGCCCUCCUGGCCCAGUAUGCCAACGUGACGGACGAGGAGGAAUAUCCUUUGCCUGACCCG